AUUAUGAAAUUGAAGCACAAACGACCCAAAUUCCUGAAGCCCAAGCGACUCAAAUUCCUGAAGCACAAGUAACCCAAAUUUCUAAAGUACAAGCGACCAGAAUUCCUGAAGCACAAGCAACCCAAGUUCCUACGGCACAUGCAAUUGAAGUUCUUACAGCACAAACAACUGAAGUUCCUAUGGCACAAGCAACUAAAGUUCAUAUAGCAAAUCAA